AUGUUCAACUGUUUGAUUUGGAUGUUUGUCCUGCUCUGCAGCUCUAUAGCAGAUGAAAACUCUAUCAGAGAUGCUGACAUUUUUCCUUCAUCUCCUGAAAUUGAAAGAGGAUCCACCCUGAAACUAUUUUGUGUUCUCGGAAAACGAUACACGCCUCACAGAAACGCAAGCCACAUCAUUUGGAAAUUGAAUCAUGAAUUGAUUGCUCAGGAAAACUAUAACAUUGUGAACGAGACUGUAUCUAGUAUAACCAUCCAUAAUUUCACUUACAGCAAAGCUCAUGUGAAAUGUUUCACUAAGUACUUGGGCAAGGAACAACUUUUGGUUCACACUGAAGUUAAAUCUGGCUUUCCACCAGACACACCAGGAAAUAUUUCCUGCAUUUAUUACUUUGAUGCUGAACUUACCUGCACCUGGACUUCAGGAAGAGAAACAAAUCUUUUGACAAACUAUACUCUUUACCGAAAACUGAUGACAGAAGGAAGGGUGACUCUUCCAAACGUAGUGGGCUCCUGCCAAAGCAAAACGGAAUCAUGUUCAUUUUAUUAUCCAGAUACUCCAUAUAGUAGUUCUUUUUGUUUUCAGGUGAAAGCUGAAAAUGUUUUGGGUGAAGCCUCAUCAGAUUGUGUUCCUAUACCUAUGGAAAAAAUAGAAGCAUUUUACCCUGUUAAUGUUUUUGUUUCUCCAUUCUAGAGAAAUUUUCCUGUCAUACUUUCAGUUAAAAAAAUCACUGGUAUAAAGCAGAUGCUUACAGUAACCUGGAAAAUGCCUGAGAAGAUUAUCUCUUCACAAGAUUUCAUUUGCAAGGUUCAAUACAGAAACUUGUAUUCAAACUCUUCGGAAUUUGUCACUGUCCCACUGAAUUCAGCAGAGAAAACAGGGUCGUGUAAUCUCACAGGUCUGUGGGACUCCACAGAAUAUUCAGUUGCCAUUCAGUGUCGCAGUGUUGUGUCAGUAUUCUGGAGUGAAUGGAGUAGAGGGAAAACAGCAAGCACAGAAGAGAAAGCUCCUUCAGAAAAAGUGGAUUUGUGGAGGGUUAUUGAGUCUUCAUACUCAGCUGGAAGUAGAUCUGUAUGUCUUAUGUGGAAGCCAUUAAACAGCUUUCCACCUUCUGGGAGAAUUCUAGGCUACAAAAUACAGUAUUUUCCAGAAAACAAUGCUCCACUUAAAAUGACAAACAUCUCUACUAAUCAGAAAAUUAGUUUGCUUUUAAAUGAAGAGGCGUAUAUAAUAUCUAUUACUGCCUAUAACUCUGCUGGAAAUUCUCCUGAAGCUGUUUUGAGGAUUCCAUCAACUGAUGAAAAAGCUUCUCAGAUUAUUGAAACGGUGCGGACCUUUACAACAGAGGAAGAAGUGGUUGUGGAAUGGAUAGCCUCUGAACCAGAAGUAACCGAAUAUGUAGUUGAGUGGUAUGAGGAAUUGGGGACAGAUCCUUUUGUUAGAUCAUGGCAAUAUGUAUUAAAUUCUACAACCUGGAAAACUAACAAAAAAAACUUUAAACCAUUUAUAUGCUAUAACAUCUCAGUGUAUCCUCUCUGUGGAAAUAAAGUAGCAGCUCCAUAUUCCAUACAGACUUAUGUUCAAGAAAAAAAGCCAUCAGAAGGACCUGUGGCUGACACAGGCAUUCCAGGGAAAAAUGAAGUUACAAUAAAAUGGAAGGAGAUUUCAAAGGAUAAAAGAAAUGGAUUUAUCAGUAACUAUACAAUAUUUUAUAAGCCUGAAGAUGGACAAGAAUUGAAUGAAACAGUGAAUUCUGAUAUUCUGCAGUACAGACUGAAGUCCUUACAGGCUAAUACGCAAUAUACUGUCUAUAUCAUGGCAAGCAAUAAAGCUGGUGGAACCAGUGGAGAGCCAAAAACCUUCAAGACUUUGAAAUUCAAUAAAGAAGAUGUUAUUUUCAUUGCUCUACCUGUUGGAUUAAGCAUAUUGUUUCUCUUAGGCCUUUGGAUAACAUGCAUUUUGAAAAAACACGCGUUUAAAAAGGUUUGCUGGCCUGAUAUACCCAAUCCCGCGGAGAGCAUUGCAGUGGAAUGGCCUCUUGAUGCAUCUAUGAAUAAUGCAUUUUUGAAGGGAGUGGCAUCUGAAGCUAAAACCGUAGACUUUGAAGAUGUAAGUGUUUUGGAACAUUGUUUUCCUGAAGAAAGUCAGGAAGGAUCACUACUAAUGAAUUGUGAAAACCAUGUUUCUGAAUGUACGGAUAUUAACACAAAAGGCACGAUUAAUGGAGAUAAAAAGAUACUGUAUAAUGAAGAAAACGAAGUUGCUAAACGUUUUUCACCAUCCAUGACUUACAUAAUUACUGAUCAAGAUAUCAGAAGUCAAAUGCAUUCAGCUUUGAUACCAGCGAAGGAAAUCCAACCUGCAGAAAUGCUGGAAGAUGGUUUAUAUGAAUCCCAACAGACUUCAGUUAAAAAUGAAGAAAAUGAUAAUGAAGAAAUUUUAAAGCUGGAAGAUUUCAGUGAAAAAGCACUGUUCAAUCCAUACCUUAAAAAUUCUGUUAAAACAAGGGAAUUUCUUAUUUCUGAGAACUCGCUAGAACACAGUAAGAAUGAAACCAAAAGCCAGUCAACUGUCUUACCUCCUUUUCAACAAAACGUUGCAGGACAGUCUUACAUAACAUUGGACAUGUUUGGGCUGGCCACAGCUCAUUAG